AUGAUACUUACUGUAGCAUAUUUGCAGGUCCAGAGUCCAGUGCUAGUAGUGGAGCUGAACCUGGACAGAAUAGAAGGCACACAGCUCCGCGCGCUGGGCCUGCUCGCCGUGUACGGGUUCAACGUGACGUACGAGGUGCGGGCGGCCGCGCAGGCGCCGGGGCCCACCUCCUGCAGCGCCAUCGAGUGCCGCCUGCUGGGACACUGCUAUGCUAGACAGGAUUAUAAGGAGUUUUACUGUUCGUGUUUCGAUGGUUACUCCGGCGCGGACUGCGGAGUGGGUCCGCUGUGUCCCACGACCUCCAACAUGUGUAAAAAUGGCGGCACUUGCAGACAGAUGGGUCCGGCCGCCGUCAGCUGUAUCUGCGCACCCGGAUACACGGGGGACGUGUGCGAGGCUCAGGUAGCGCCGCCUGAAUGCGGUAUAGCAGAAUGUGCAGAAGUUUGUAAAGACGGAACAGCUUGUGAUUGUAAUCCUAAGGACACAGACGCGUUAUCAGCGCGAUUCGAAACAAGACUGCAAGUAGUGGGUCUACCAAAUGAAAACAUAUCGGAUGAAAUUGCGAAACAGCUAACACAAUUUUUGAAGGCAUCAAAUAUUACUUUAGAAGAUGAUGUACAAGUGUUGAAUACAAGUUUGACAACCACAGAAGGUGUAAGGGAUGCUUGGGUGCGAGUGUGGAGUUCUAGGCGCGAGGCACCAGCAUUACGGGCAGCACUGGCACGUCUCGCUUCUGCACGUACUCGUCUCCUACCUACCUCCACGCAUUUUGACAUGCAUCCAGCGCUAAGUUUGCACAAACUGGUUGUGAACCAACGGCCAGAAGUGUGGGAGGGGUCAGAGUUCAUACUAACUUGUAUGGCAUAUGGAUCUCCAAGCAUGGCCUUUACGUGGUACAAAGACAGCGUCAAAAUAAAUUUCAACGGUACCACAAGGGACAUUUGGACACGAACAGUGUCAGAAGACGCACUCGGUCGUCGAAUGUCAGUACUAGGUGUAACAGAGGCGGAGAGAUUAGAUAGUGGGAAGUGGUCCUGUGCUGCAGACGAUGCUGGCAGGAGACGCUGCAGAGCGUUGAGACUGACAGUGCUGAGACCUCCUGAGAUACGCUUGGUGCCGUCCACCUUAACUGUUAAUAGAGUCUGGUCGUGCGACACAGUACACAAUAGCAUCGCAACAGAUACAGCUUUCCGUCAGUGGCGCAGGAGUUUACAAUACUCUCCUUCAUACUGUGACCUUGCUGUUUACACACUCGAAGAACUACAGCGCCAUCGUUUUGCUACCCCAGGUCCUCAGCUAGCGUGCGGGAGUCGGUCGCGGUCCUCGCCGCGCGUGUGGAGCACUCACACAUGUGAGCUACGUGUACAAGAGCAGACUUACGAGUACAUCGCCUGCCGCUGUCGAGGCCUUGCGACCAUAGCGUUAUUUACCGUCGACAGUUUGGGUCUCACGGAUGCUGAGAGCGACUCGCGAGCUAUUGUGAAGAUCACAGUUAGCCUGGGCAGUGCGAUGUGUCUCGUGGCUGCACUGUUACAACUCCUUAGCCUCGUAGUGGGAAGUAAAACGAGACUGCCAGUACUACUCAGAGCUGCUACUGCCGCUACACAUUCUGCAGCUAUGUUAACGCUUCUUGAAUGUGAUACGAAGCAGGUCACCCAAAAGCUGCCGCCCGACAGACGCGAGUACGUGCGGGAACGUGCGCGAGUGGUGCGCCAUACAUUAGUGCUACUCUUCACUACUACAGCGACACAGAUUGCAGGGGUAGCUUAUGCGCAGCCUGUGGAGAAGACUAUACCUAAAGUUGUAGCGCUUUCUGUCGCUGCAUUAGCCAAUGGUCUAGCAAUGUUGAUAUGCUACGUGAUCUGUGACGAGGAGUGUUUACGAGCAGCUCGGCGGUUAUUCACGCUCUCCUCAAACAAUGAAUGGCACGAUUCCCCUGAAGGAGACGCAUCUCUUAGUUUGUACAUAAGACAAGGGCGUGAGAUGGAGUGUCGCGGCGCGGUGGGCUCGCUGGAGUGCUCCUCGUCGCACGUGUCGCCCGCCAACACGUACUGGCGCGCCACGCCGCUGCAGAGCCCCUUGCACCGUUGUGUGAUCAGGCGCGGGUCGAGCGGCGCGUGUGUGGCGGACAUAGUGCGCUGCGUGGAGUACAAGCAGGCAUUACUACCACCGCGCAAUGUCCACACACGGACACUCUGCGACCUCAUACCUAUUGGCGGUGCAGAGCCUCGUGUGUCCCGGGUAUGUGUAGAACUAGGAGUGCUACCUGAAGCGUCACAAACUACCGUCACGGACGCCAGUACUUUCCAGCCGCCUAGCGAUACAAGCGACAUAUUAAAGGCCAACUGCACGCUGUGUGCAAAGUCCACUCCAGACGUGUCAGCAACGAGCACAGCUCCGCGUCCAAUCAAGAGUUGUCUAAAGAAGCGUUCGCCUCAGCUGUCGUGGAGCACAUCGUUACCGUCCAUAAACCAUGAGAGCGACGAGAGCAAUAUCCACCUACAGCUAGUGGAUACACAGUCCCAAACCCCGAGCACGCACACCACAUUCACACAGACAGACAAAGUGCUGCACAAGAUAUCCCACGACCUGGACUUCCUGCUCAACAGGACGCCCAGUCGCGUCGCGGACAACUGUCCGCAGCAGAUAGAGGAAGCACCCACUUAGUGCACGGAGAUGUAAGGCGUAGUUCUAAGUUGUAAGUAAACUGAUGACUGAUGGAGGCAGGGAGCAACAUUACAUUAAUUGUGUACAUACUCUACUGUAAAUAUAGUAUUCAUUGAAAUUCUGUGAUUGUAUUAUAAUAGGAAAAAAUUAUAAAUUAUUUAGUAGAAUGGAAAUGUAGAGGGUGUAUAAGCUGAUUGUAAGUGUUUUUAUCACAACCAUA